UUUUGCUGAUUGAUGAGUUGAGCUCUCCGACUCUACUAAUCAUCUUUACAUUCAAAUAUUUCUGACAAGGUUUUACCUCCACAGUUCCAUCUGAUCCGUUGUGGGUGUAUUUGAGGAGGUUAACUGCGUUCUGCUGUAAAAAUCAAGAUAUGAGUGGUGUCCUGUAGGCAAGUUCUCUCCUGCUGUCUGACUUGGAUGAAGCCAGGUGAGAUAAAAUGUGAGAAUCUGGGACCCACAGGACGCUCCAGUAGUCAGCAAAAGUCAUCUGGUCCUUUCCACAUGUACGCAUCUCGGUGAGAAGCACGGAAAGAAAUUCACUGCUUGCAGUGUGGGAAGAGUUUUAAACAAAAGAGUAAUCUCGAGCAACAUUUGCGUAUUCACACAGGAGAGAAACUGUAUCACUGCUCACAGUGCAGGAUGAGUUUCACUCAGAAGAGUCAUCUCAAACGACACCAGAGCGUUCACUCUGGAGAGAAGCCAUAUCACUGUUCUUGGUGUGACAAGAGUUUUACGAAGCAGAGUAGUUUACAGCGACACGAACGAAUUCACACUGGAGAGAAGCCGUAUCACUGCUCACAGUGUGGGAGGAGUUUCACUCAGAAGAGUCAUCUCAAACAACACCAGAGCGUUCACUCUGGAGAGAAGCCGUAUCACUGCUCACAGUGCAGGAGGAGUUUCAUUCAUAAGAGUCAUCUCAAACAACACCAGAACGUUCACACCGGAGAGAAGCCGUAUCACUGCUCACAGUGCGGGAACAGUUUUAGUAACCAGAGUAAUUUCCGAGAACACCAACGAAUUCACAUAGAAGAGAAGCCUUAUCACUGUUCUUGGUGUAACAAGAGUUUUACGAAGCUGAGUCAUUUCAAGGAACACGAACGAAUUCACACCGGAGAGAGGCCGUAUCACUGCUCACAGUGCGGGAUGAGUUUCAGUCGGAAGAGUCAUCUCAAACGACACCAGCGCAUUCACUCUGGAGAGAAGCCAUAUCACUGCUCACAGUGCGGGAACAGUUUUAGUGACCGGAGUAAUUUCCGAGAACACCAACGAAUUCACAUAGAAGAGAAGCCUUAUUACUGUUCUUGGUGUGACAAGAGUUUUACGAGGCACAGUAGUUUCCAGCGACACAAACGAAUUCACACCGGAGAGAAGCCGUAUCACUGCUCACAGUGUGGGAAGAGUUUUAAUGACCAGAGUAAUUUCCAAAGACACCAGAGUGUUCACACCGGAGAGAAGUCAUAUCACUGCUCACAGUGUGGGAAGAGUUUUAGUGACCAGAGUAAUUUCCAAAGACACCAGAGCGUUCACACCGGAGAGAAGUCAUAUCACUGCUCACAGUGUGGGAAGAGUUUUAGUGACCAGAGAAAAUUUCAGCAACACAAACAUGUUCACAUAACUGAUAAUGAGGACAUGCUACAAUGAUCAUGAGAAAGUAUAGGAAUUGGCUAGCUCUAUUCUGAAGACCUAAUUUGGAGCACUUUAUAGUAGGCAAGGGACGAUUGAUUAUAUCUAAGACGGACUACUGAAAUAGUUCAUGGAUAAUUCCUAUUCUUUUGGAUAGCCAUUAAAUAAAAGGUGUUGUAUAUUUUGUUAAUGAAAUGGUCAGGAUUUCAGCAGAUAUGCAAAUAUUUGAUAAGGAAAAAAUGGGUGAAUAAUGAUAAUAAUAAGUCCUCCCACCAUGAUAGUGGGACCAAUGAAAUUAAACAAUUGUCAGAGCACUAUAAUAAGUUUUAUAAAAGGUUAAAUACAUGAGAAGUCUGAUUUUACUCAAUUGUAAACUUUGGCAAAAUCGAUAAACCUAAAUAAUUGUUUUUGUUGGUCAUUUACUUCAAUCAGGAAAGGGCAUAAAAACACUCCUUUAAACCUGACAGGCUGUGAAAUACCUUGUGCUUACCCUGUUAAUCAAAGGCUUAAGGAAGGGAAAUUUCUAGACCUAUCUGAUUUUAAGACAGCUAAUAGUAGAGCUUUAUCUAUGAUCAAAACGUUUUGUUUUGUUUGCUUCUUCUUGCUGAUGGUCGCGGUCCAGCUACAUGAUGGUGUCCUGCACUAACAGAAGAUGCCAGGCAUCCCUUUGGCUGUAAAAUAAAUUUCACAGACUACGUUCAAACAUAAUCCAACUACUCAUACAUAUACUCAAAUGUACUCGUAUGUAUAAUGGGUGUAUUACCCCUGCUGAAAAAAACAGUAGAAACCCAUGUAGAAUUUGUAAUGGUGAUAAUGGGAGUUGUAUUGGUUUUAAUAGAAACUGUAAUGGUCCCUGUGGGUUUCUACUAGUAAUUUGUUGCCUUCUAUUGGUGGCCUGUUACGUCUAAUGGAUACCAUUAAGGACCAGUAAUGGUUUUAAUGGUUAGUGGAUGGUUUGUAAUGGUAUUUGUAGUGGAAACCAUUAGAAUUUCUAUGAGGCUUUCUAUUGUUUUUUUUGUUUUUUUUACAAUAAUAUGGCUAUUUAUUGUAGCCAUAGAACGUUUUAUUCCUGAAAGUUUCACUGCCACAUAAUUGGCAGAUUAGAUAACCGCAUCAAUGUGUAGGUGCACAGGUUUUUCCUAAUAAACUGGAUGGUGAGUUUAUACUAAAUUGUUGAAGCAGGUUUAUAAUCGAAAACCACAGCAUCUGAUAUGCACAUUAAAGCAGCCAGUUGGGAAUGCUGAUACCUCUAAACAUCCAGAACAACAAAUAUGAUUGAUUAUAUCCACCUUCAUUUAAAAUGGUGUCAAUUUCAUUUAAAAUGACAAAUUUACAAACAAUUACCAGACUCUUCCUCCACCCCACCCCUGUAUUUCUUAUGCGCACCUUCAA